CUUCACCGCCAUACCAUUUUGUCUAUUGUUUUUUUCUUUUUCUUUUUUCUUUUUGCUCCUUUGAUAUUAAGCAAAAUGUCAUUCUCACAAAACCAACAUAAUUCCAACACCUUUGCAUGUAAGGAAAAGAAAAAAUAAAAAAGCUGAAAGCUUUGUUGCUUCAUUCUCUUUUAAGUUUCUAUUUUUAUUUUUAAUCUGCAAAUCUUAACCUUUAAGAAAAAUUCAAAGAUCAUUGACUCCCUCGUGGAAGAAAGGAACAAGUAAAGAGAACUAAUUUAAAAUUCUAGCAAAAUCAAAUGACAGUUGGUAAGUGGUAUUUCUAGAACUGUAUAUAAAAAGCCCCUCUCUUUACACUGUAACAUUCACUUAAAUUACUGCUUUAGCCAAAUAUUGACGGGCUAUGGCGGAUGGAAAUGGUUCAACUUCAAGCAUUGUUGAGAAUUUUGGAGCUUUCUUCAAUGGCUGGCUGGUCCGUCAAGAAAGAUUCCUUGAACAACUGGUUCAAGCACUGAGAUCCCAAGAUGAAGAGGAAAUUGAGCGGCGUGGGGAUUUGAUUCAAGAAGUGCUGUCCCACUACGACCAGUACUCAGCAGAGAAAUUCAAGGCAGCGAGGGAACAAGUGCUCCUCUUCUACUCUCCCCCAUGGUUAACAUCUUUCGAGAAAGCUCAACUCUGGGUUGGUGGAUUCAAGCCAUUCAUACUGUUCAAAAUACUGACCAACUCAGUAACAGAGUUUACCCUAGAACAGGAACAAGCCAUCGAGCGAGUUAAAUGCGAGACAAGAAAGGAAGAACGAGAGUUGACGCAGGCAUCGGCGGCGAUUCAAGAGAGCUUGGCAGCCCUUCCGCUGCUGAACCUGGUUAGGCGUUGUGGGAGAGCGGUUGAUGGCGAGGAAUUGGAACUUGAGUCGGCAGUGAGGAAGCUGAAGGAGGAUAUGCUAAGGGCACUGGAGAGCGCCGAUAAACUACGAGGAUCGACUGUUAGGAAGUUGCUUCAGACACUGAGUCCAGUCCAGACAGUGAAGUUCCUAGCUGCCUCGGCCGAGUUUCAGCUUGCUGUAAGGAAAUGGGGUUUGCAGAAAGACCAAGAGAGAGCAGCAACGUGAUUGGGAUGAUAAUAAAAGGCUGGGAAUGUCCUGGAAUUUUUUUUUCAAUCAUUUUAUCAGUAUAGUAUUUCGUGCUAUAGCAGAAAUCGAGUCUGCCAUCAAUUACUUUUGUCAGUAGUACUUUUGUCAGUAAUUGAAGUGAUAAAUGUUUAGUUGAAUAAGUGUGAUCAAUUCUGGGAUUUGCAAGUUUUGAUUACUUUGUAAUUUGAUAUUUGAUGACAAGUAUUUCUGCUUGUCUCAAUUCAUAUCAACUUAGCCAACAAUUUAUUACAAACUUUCAUAAAGGGAAACUGAAGCAAAUGGUAUGUUUCGAGAAGCUCUAGGCCCAUGUCCUCGACAGUGAUUCUAAUGGGCUCGAAAGAAGCGUAAAAGGAGCUGUGGCCUAUCUGCUAGUUGGUGGGUUAAUCUCAGCUACGCACGGAUCAAAUUAAUUUCAGCCCAAAUAUUUUGGGUUUCAA